GUCACUUUCAAAGUUUCACGGCUUACUUAUUUUCUUGUUUCAUUUCGUUCUUAUUAUCCACGAAAGUCCACUGUGCUUGAUUGCCCUCGGGUUAACAUCCACUCAGUCAUCCACAGGUUGUUUCACUGCACAUAUUGAAGGUCGGCAUCGUAAGUAAUUUGACAGGCUUGCUUUAUUACCAGCCUUUUGGCUUCAUCUUCCCCUAUAGCCCACCGUUCAGACGAUCUGCAACAUCCAUCCGGCGCUGCUUUCGCUUCCGGUUACACUGAGGCAUCAGGUUAUGCGGUCACCAGCAUGGGCACCAUGUUGCCUCCAUACGACAAGAUAAAACCGCUGUAUGUCGAUGUUUCGUUCCUUCCUGGGGGCGGAAACCCACAUCUGGUCGAUGUCGAGUGGUUCAAACGCGUACGCGCCCGGUUCUACGUGGUCACCGACCCCAGACCGUCGGUCCGUUUGUUGGAUGCCAUGCUUUAUGGGAAGGAAGCCUGGACUGGUCCAGAUUCCAAACUGGCUGUUUCGGUUAUAUUCACCUGUGAGUCAGAUGAGCUUAUGACCUGGUUGGGCAGGAAUACCGCUCGCUUGAAUGCAUGUCACAUGGAUGUCGCCGCUAUUGCAAGCCGCUCCCGUAUUCAGCUGGUGAAGGAACCGCUUCCGACGAUCGAGCAGACCAUCUCUACGCAGGCUCUUUCUUGUGUGGGCUACCGAAUCGAUAUCUGAGCUUAUACGCCCAUUCGCUUCAGAUGCCCGGUUCACCACAUUUACAGCACCUCUUUCGCUAACUUUUAUCUUUUUCUUUUUUGCCUUCGACUGAAUUUUCCAUUCCAUAAGUCAUCUUCAAUUCAUGACUUAAUUGCUGCUUACUUUCUCUUGUGUGCCAUACUCACGAAGAUACUUUCUCGCACUCGUUGCAUUUACGCUGAACAUCACUUCUCCAAUUCCGACAUUUUCUCCACAUCAGUGUUUGCUUAACUUGAAUGAGACAUUUCAAAUUCGUGUCAACACAGUUUCAUUCCUAUCCCCUUACAAAUACUCUUAACUGUUUCGAUGUCAUUGUGAUAGAUAGCUUGUCCUUAGUCUUAGUUUUUAUUCAUUGCUUUCGACGGUGAAUGCUUUCUGACCACUGAUAGAUGUACUCUAGCAUAGGCUAGAACCGUGCGAAAUUGGCUAACUUGUCGCCAAAUCAUCACGUUCCUUUGUAUCAUUCACACACUACCGAACUCGCUUGGACAGCUACGAAUAGAGCCGAAUCACAGCAAUGUCAGAUAGCCCCCAUUCCCAUUUUGUGGGACGACGCUUUCUCUCAACUCAUUUUCACCACUAUCAUCUGUGGACUCUUUGACCGGACUCAAGUAGACUUUGGCACUGUUUUCCUGGUAUUUGUUCCAUUACUUCCUUGUCGUUGUGGACUGGACUAACCACUGCAACCCGGCUCCCGAUCUUCAGCCAUAGGAACACACUGCGUCUGGCAAACGAAUCGCUCGUUUGAUAAUCAGUGCAUACUUAAUGGACAUUGAGAGUACAGGAUGAAUAAACUACAUUGUUAUUUCUGUU